GCCUACUCUCUUUCAUUCCCACAAAACCCUCAUACUCCUCACCGGACUCCGUUCACAGUCGGGGGGAAUAACGCGUUGAUCGAAAACCUAGUUUCGCGAACUUCAGAUCUUUCCUGAUAUCAAGAUGGUGUCGGACGCUAGCAAGAAAAGAGGAUUGCAGAAGAAGGCAGCUGCCGCUGCCAAGAGAGGCCGCAAAGCUGCGGCGGCUGCCGCGUCGUCUAAGGCUGCGGCGGCAUCUGCUGCGGAGAAUAGUAGCGUCGAUAAUUUGGCGAACGGAGUCGGGGAGCUUCUGAUAUCCGAUCGGACGUGCACUGGGGUUCUGUGUUCGCAUCCUCUGUCUAGAGAUAUUCGGAUUGAGUCUUUGUCCCUUACUUUCCAUGGGCAUGAUCUUAUAGUUGAUUCUGAACUGGAACUCAACUAUGGAAGACGUUAUGGAUUAUUGGGAUUGAAUGGUUGUGGUAAAUCCACUCUUCUCACUGCAAUAGGAUGCCGGGAACUACCCAUUCCAGAUCAUAUGGAUAUUUAUCACCUUUCUCGUGAGAUUGAAGCUUCUGACAUGUCUUCACUUCAGGCUGUCAUAAGUUGUGACGAGGAAAGGUUAAAAUUGGAGAAAGAAGUUGAAGCCUUGGCUGGACAAGAUGGUGGUGGGGAACAACUUGAUCGUAUAUAUGAGCGAUUGGAAGCUAUGGAUGCAUCUACUGCAGAGAAGCGUGCCGCUGAGAUUUUAUAUGGUCUUGGUUUUAAUAAGAAGAUGCAGGAAAAGAAAACAAGGGACUUUUCAGGAGGAUGGCGAAUGAGAAUAGCCCUUGCACGGGCCCUAUUUAUGAAUCCAACUGUAUUGUUACUUGAUGAACCCACAAAUCAUCUUGACUUGGAAGCUUGUGUGUGGUUAGAAGAAACUUUGAAGAAUUUUGAUCGGAUUUUGGUGGUUGUAUCACACUCGCAAGAUUUUUUGAAUGGUGUCUGCACCAACAUCAUUCACACGCAGAGUAAGAAGUUGAAGAUGUAUACUGGUAAUUUUGACCAAUAUGUUCAAACUCGUUCUGAACUUGAAGAGAACCAAAUGAAGCAGUAUAAGUGGGAGCAGGAACAGAUUUCUUCAAUGAAGGAGUAUAUUGCUCGUUUCGGACAUGGGUCAGCCAAACUGGCUCGUCAGGCACAGAGCAAAGAGAAAACAUUGGCCAAGAUGGAGAGAGGUGGUCUUACUGAGAAAGUGGCGAGGGAUAAGGUCCUUGUUUUCCGAUUUUCAGAUGUUGGGAAGCUCCCCCCACCUGUUUUGCAGUUUGUGGAAGUCAAAUUUGGCUAUACACCUGAUAACCUCAUCUAUAAGAAUCUUGAUUUUGGUGUGGACCUGGAUUCAAGGGUGGCACUGGUUGGCCCUAAUGGAGCCGGGAAGAGCACAUUGCUUAAACUUAUGAUGGGGGAGUUAGUUCCGACUGAUGGUAUGGUCCGACGCCAUAAUCAUCUUAAAAUUGCACAGUAUCAUCAACACUUGGCUGAGAAACUCGACAUGGAAAUGUCUGCCCUUCUGUACAUGAUCAGAGAGUAUCCUGGCAAUGAGGAAGAGAAAAUGAGGGCAGCAAUUGGUAGGUUUGGUCUGACUGGUAAAGCUCAGAUAAUGCCUAUGAAGAACUUGUCGGAUGGGCAACGCAGCCGGGUGGUAUUUGCAUGGUUAGCUUUUAGGCAGCCUCACAUGCUACUGCUGGACGAGCCAACCAACCAUUUGGAUAUUGAGACUAUUGACUCACUGGCGGAAGCUUUGAAUGAGUGGGAUGGGGGUAUGGUUCUUGUUAGCCAUGAUUUUAGGCUCAUCAACCAGGUUGCCCAUGAAAUCUGGGUAUGUGAGAACCAGGCGGUGACCAGAUGGGAGGGCGAUAUUAUGGGGUUCAAGGAGCACUUGAAACGCAAGGCCGGUUUAGGUGAGUGAAGGAUGGAAUGGUAGUUAAGAAUUUUGUUUGAGGAGGGCAGGAGGCAGCAACUUAUAAAUUAUGAGGAAAAGGAGGAGGAUCCACUUCAUUACUUUUCCACUCACCAGAUAGACAGUUGUUGAUUUAGUUAGUAUCCUAUCUAUCCCUUCAUUUCUAUUUCUAUUUUAGUUUGAAGUAAGUAGUUAAGUACGACCUGCACUCUGCACUCCCUGCCUGCCUGCCAUAGAGAUCAGAUUGCAACACACGCUCAUUUCAGCUACCUUUACUUUUCUCGGUAGCAUUUCUUAUUCGUUUCACUCUUUUGUGUUGUACUCCAAAUAUCAUAAUACUAUAAUUCUUCUUUUGUAUUGUAUGGAUUACUGAAGGAGUGAACUCGGUUUCAACAUUUUCUGAGUUAUGUACUGUAAUUCGUCUUCUGUA